AUGCAGUCCAUCAGAGACCUGAAGCCCAACUUCAACAUCCCUCCUCCCCCGUCCAUGCCUGCCGGACCGGAGCACUUCCACCAGGGAACCAUCAAGAUGACCCUGGAGGACUCGGACCUCUGGAAGUCUUUCCAUGAAAUUGGCACAGAGAUGAUUAUCACCAAGCCUGGCAGGAGAAUGUUCCCACAUUGCAAAGUCAAUCUUUUUGGGUUAGUCCCCUAUGCAAAGUACAUCUUGUUGGUGGACAUGGUACCCGUGGAUAACUUCAGGUAUAAGUGGAACAAGGACAAAUGGGAGGUGGCUGGGAAGGCCGAGCCGCAGCCCCCCUGCCGGACCUACCUGCACCCGGACUCCCCAGCUCCAGGCAGCCACUGGAUGAAGCAGUCUGUGUCCUUCCUCAAGCUCAAAUUGACCAACAACACCCUGGACCAGCAUGGCCAUAUUAUCCUGCACUCCAUGCAUCGCUAUCACCCCCGCUUCCACAUCGUCCAGGCAGAUGACCUGUACAGUGUCCGCUGGAGCGUCUUCCAGACCUUCACUUUCCCAGAGACCUCCUUCACCUCAGUCACAGCUUACCAGAACACCAAGAUUACAAAGCUGAAAAUUGACCACAACCCUUUCGCUAAGGGUUUCAGGGAUGAAGGCACCAACACAAAACGACGUGCUAACAGAGGCCAGGCUGACCCAGAGAGAAUGGCGAAGAGAAUGCACACCAUAAAAGUUGACCCCGAAAGCCCUGCAGACUUCCACCGCUCUCCCUACGAGGCGUACGAUGGCGAGCCACCCAAGACGAAAGAGGUGGAGGGGGUGAAGGAGGAGCGCUACUCCCCGUGGCCAGUAGCUGACCGGGAGAAUAGCCACAGCAUGCGCACGUCUGAGUCCCCACUGGGGCCCGAGGGCAGGGACAUCUACAACACAGAGCAGCUUGUCCCUGGACAGACAUCAUACCCGCCAUACAGGUUCCAUGAAUAUGGCAAGUCCCCCUCUCCAUCCAACUCCAGCAUUGCCAGCAGUGGUGGCAGUUCAGGGAGGCCCAGCUUCGAGUUGUCCCGCGUCUCGGACGUUGCCACGGUUCCAGAAACCACGUCCGGGGUCAUCGCCACCCACAAGCCCCCCGCCACCGAGAUGGCCCCCCUGCCGACCUCCUGCCCUCCCCAGCCUGCUGUGGGUCACCAGGACUACACGGGCGUCCUCAACAUGGCCAUGGCUCAAGCGGUUAGCAAGCCGGCCGGCGUACUGGGCCACCACCACCACCACCUGUACGCCCCAUACGGUGCCGAGCAGCACAUUGGACAGUGGAGCGGCGUGGGCGCGGCGUCCAGUCAGUACCCGGCUCACCCGCCGCCACACCUGCCCACCGAGUACAGCACGCAGGCCACCAUGCACCACGGCUACCCCCACGGCAACGUGGCCGACUGGAGCCAGUACCCGCUCUUCUCGUACUCCUGCUGGUGAGCGCCGGCGGCCACAGCAGCGCUG